AUGUAUUUUUGUGAUUUUUUUCGCUUCCGUUCUUGUUUUUCUAACUUGACACAGCGUCUCCGUGACAUUACCGACCCAACCUCUUCUCCAUCUGCGACUAAAGAAGAAAAUCCCUACCACCAUCUCCGCAUCACGGUCACUAGUGGCGGAUGCCAUGGUUUCCAAUAUAUGAUGUCUCUAGAAGGUGCAUCCAAAAUUGAUCCUGAGGAGGACACUAUUUUCGAAGGAGAACCAGAUGCCGGUGAGCCUGCAACAGCAGCCGGAGAGGCUAAGGUUGUCAUGGAUGAGCCUUCUCUCGAAUUGCUCCAUGGAAGUACUGUGGAUUAUACCACCGAGCUUAUUGGAAGUCAAUUCAAGAUCGUCGACAACCCGCGUGCAACAAGUAAUUGUGGCUGUGGAACGAGUUUCGAUGUCAGCGAUUGA